UAUACUCAAAGUGGUCAGUAUGACCAAAACCUAUAGGAAUAAAAGUCUUCAUUAACUCUCCUCCUUUUCAUGUUACCUUUUUAUCUGGAUCACCAACGCCGGUUUACUUCUAUUGUGGGGACCUUUAGAGGGCCAAGAUGAACUUUCAUCCUAGCUCAAAAAGAAAAUGAAAAAACUUUCACCAGCUGUCCAUACACUGACAGUGUUUGGCUAGACACCUUGGUUGGCAUGGGGUCCUCCAGCAACGUCUUCGUCUCUUUGAUCCAGAUUUAGUAGAGGCUUCGACCCGGUCACGACAAAUCAUCUUUCUCACAGCUAGCGAGGGCUCAUGGGCUAGUGAAUGUUCGUUGUAAGAUAGUCAUGAGCCGACCUAAAGCUCAACCUGGUGUACGUGACCGCCGACUACACCAAUGGGCAGGCUAAUGGGUAUCGCUUCCCCCUUGGUUUGGCUCCUCCCCUUGACCCCUUCAGGCUCCGGGUGAAUUUUUUUAUCUGUAUCAGCGUUGAGUUUUGAUCUCGACUAAUUUGGUAUUUAAAGCCAUGCUGCAAAACCAUUCAUCUAGAAAAGGAUUGCACUCUAGAACGCUGAAUUCUAGUAGUGACUGGGCACUCAUAAUUAACGAACUCUCAUUUAUAAAAAGAAUGAUAAAAAUGUACACCCAUUGUAUCGAUAAUCGAAGCACUCUGAUUGUCGUCCAUGGCAUGGCAUAAGGAUAUCCCCAACAAUGGACAUGGGCCAACCGUGGGCCACAGUCAUAAGAAAAUGCAUAAGGAAACUGAUAAUACUGAACGGAAUACAGUGUGUAUUGCGUGGAACUGGUUGGUACACAUACCAGCAGCAUGUCUGCUCAGGUGUGAGACUGAAUUUCCGAUAAGGACACAUCCCAACAAAAUGUGACCUUUUUUUUCCCUGUCUCAUCUCUCCCUUUUAAUACUUCUCUCUUUCACAGUGGGUCCACAUGCCAUCUACUCCACAUAACCCGAGUGAUGAUGGGGAUCAUUCUUUGAAUGUAUUUGAGUUUCCAUGGUCUGUAGGGCAGGCUAGCUCGAUUACGACUUAGUACAAAUUUCCAAAAAGAGCUGCCAGCUCCCAUUGUUCGACUCCAGGAACCAGAUGCAUGACCGGUAACAUUGUGGCAGAGGAUUGCCACACCAUACAUACGAUAUCUCAAGCCUAGUCUGCUCCUCCCGUCACCACAUGUAUGAACAGCAAUAUUCUCAAAUGAACAUCGCGUCCAAACCCAUGUUCCAGAUGUGCGUCAUGGUGGCCUCCCUUCUCAUCACCUCAGGGGAUGUUGCGGCUGCUAGACAACAACAUGCUCGAAUGAGAGGCUUCGUUUUGCAGCGGAUGCUUGUGAUAGCCAACCUCUGGAUAAUAUGCAGCGGCAGUGUUCAGAAACAAGUUCUCCUGCCAGGGUUCAGUGUCUCUGAAAAUGAUUACAUCGAUAAUAAUGGAACUUUUCUGUUGUCCAAUGGCUUCGUAUAUGGCUUCGGCUUUGUAACCAGUAGUGUGUCAGAGAGCUCCUAUCUUCUCUCGGUGGUGCACCUAGCCUCCACUUCUGUCGUCUGGACUGCUAAUGCUAACUCUCCUGUUUCUCAUACGGAUGCCUUUGUGUUCGACAAGGAUGGUAAUGCCUACCUGCGGUCUCAAGGCUCCACUGCCUGGACUGCCAAUCUCUCCGGCAAGGGCGCCUCUAUUCGGCUGCUGGACUCUGGCAAUCUUAUAGUGCUCGGCAAAGACGGCUCUUCUCUUGUAUGGCAGAGUUUGAGCUAUCCAACGAACACACUUUUGUCUGGCCAGAGCUUCACUGAUGGGAUGACACUUGUGAGCCAGUCCAGCACAAACAACAUUAGUUAUACACUUGGCAUCACAUCAGGGGACAUGAGGUUGUACGCAGGCUUCCAGAACCCCCAACCUUACUGGUCUGCUGUGCUGGAUACAAGGUCGUUCGUGGACAUGAAUGGCGACAUCUACUCUUCAAACCUCAAUUCAACUUCGUGGUACUUCUAUGAUAAAUCAGGGUCUCUUCUAUCACGGCUUAACAUUGCGCAGCAGAGUAGUGCCAAUGACACAUUGGCUGUUGUCCUCAGCGACAUUGGAUCCCUUUCCUUCCGCAUCCUCCUACAGAUUGCCGAUGGCACGCGCUACAUGGCUAGUCUCCCAUUCGCAAUCCCGGAGGACUCAUGUGACAUGCCAGCCCAGUGCGACCCCUAUUCCGUUUGCAUUAGUGGAGCAGGAUGCCAGUGCCCGUCAGCACUUAGCACCUUUCCAAACUGCAACCCCUGUCUCAUAUCACCAUGUAACUCAAAAGAGGACUUUCAGCUAGCUCAACUGGAUAGUGGAGUUGGGUAUAUUGGCACUAGGUUCACCCGGCCCUUGGCUAGAACAAAUAUCAUAGGAUGCAAGGAUGCGUGCAUGGGCAAUUGCUUCCUUUUCAACCAGAUCGGUAGUUUGCAGAAGAAAGGUGAAAGGAAACCUGCUUCUGUAUCUUUUAUCAAGGUAUCUAGCACUAACCAUGGCUCGGGGAAAGGUGGGAGUGGCGCCGGGAGGCACACCGUCGUUACUGUUGUCAUUGUGGUCGGACCGUUGGCUGUCAUAGGGGUUCUUGUUUAUGUUGGCUUCAGCAUUUAUCAUCGUCGUCGGAGGCAACCUUCACCCUCACAAGAACAAGACGAUGGGUUUCUCCGGACGAUAUCUGGAGCACCAAUGCGGUUUACUUACACGGAGCUCCGAGGUGCUACAAACAACUUCGCUGACAAGCUUGGUCAGGGAGGAUUUGGAUCCGUGUAUCUCGGAACACUCCCAGAUGGGAGUAGCAUUGCUGUAAAGAAGCUGGAGGGCCUAGGCCAAGGGGAGAGAGAGUUUCGUUCUGAGAUGACAACAAUUGGCAACAUCCACCACGUUCAUCUAGUUAAACUCCGAGGUUUUUGCGUCGAGGGGGCACAAAGGCUUCUUGCGUACGAGUACAUGCCCAAGGGGUCUCUAAACAGGUGGAUUUUGAGUACUAGAGUGGAUGCUCCCCUUCUAGACUGGGAUACAAGGUUUCGCAUUGCACUUGGAACAGCAAAGGGGCUGGCGUACCUCCAUCAGGACUGCGAGUCCAAGAUUAUACAUUGCGACAUCAAGCCUGAGAACGUUCUACUUGAUGACAACUUCCAUGCAAAGGUAGCUGACUUUGGGCUUGCCAAGUUGAUGAGCAGGGAGCAAAGCCAUGUUUUCACCAGGCUCAGAGGCACACGGGGCUAUGUUGCGCCCGAGUGGAUCACCAACUACGCCAUCUCAGAUAAGAGCGACGUGUACAGCUACGGGAUAGUCCUGCUCGAGAUAAUCAGCGGAAGGAGGAGCUUCGACCCCUUGGAAGCCUCGGAGAAGGCCCAUUUCCCACCCUUCGCUUUCAAGAAGCUGGAGGAAGGCGAUCUUCGCAAUAUCGUCGACGCCAAGUUGGCGUACGACGAUGAAGAUGACCGGGUGGAGAUAGCUAUCAGGGUUGCUCUGUGGUGCAUUCAGGAGGAUUUCUCCUGGAGACCUUCCAUGUCGAAAGUUGUCCAGAUGCUCGAAGGCGUCUGUGAUGUGCCGCAGCCACCGACGUCCUCGCAUGUUGUGGACCGGCUCCAUCCGAAUGCUUUCAAGCCGACUGAUACUCUACUUUCAGCUGUGCAGCUGUCUAGUCCCAGAUGAUAUGCUGGAGUAGAUGACCGGUUGCGCCCCCGACCGGCGUGCAAGUCGUCGGCUAUCUCUUGUUUUGGCAGCAUACUGUGCUGUAUUUGGCAGCAUAUUGGAUAUUGCUGCUAUAAUGCUAUUUGCUGGGGUAUUUGGACUACCCGCUAUAAAGUGACUUCUGAAUCUCAUGUGGGGGAGUGUCUUACUGUUCUGGGCAGUUUUACUGAAAGAAGGGUGCAGGAACACGCUGCGUGAAGGUGUCCAGCAAGUUAUGUUGAUGGCUUCUUCUUUGGUCGAGUAGUUGAAGGACGGUGGUGCAGCAAGGGAAGUAGCUCUGAUGCGUGUAGCCCUCUGUGUUUCUGGAGCUGCUCUUCUGUUUUGUUGGCUUGUUGCUAAUGUUGGUUUGAUUUUGCAGGUCUUUUAGUGGACAUGUACGGGGAGGAACGAGAUCCUCUGACAUUGCAAGGGAAGUCAGGUAGAGCUACACCUUACUGACUUUGCUUCGCCACACCCGCACUAAAAGCAAGGUGGCACAGUGGUUAACUACUCCCUCUGUUCACUUAUAUAAGACGUUUUAGCAAAUUCAGACAGUAUACUAAACAGUUCAAACCCAGCUGUCUGAAACGCCUUAUAAAAACGAACGGAGGGAGUACAAUAAUUACCGACACUAAUCGUCUACAGCAAAUUAUCUACAGUAUCAGCAUCACCUCUCUGACUUGCCUUCUUUUUUCUAUACAAAGGAGCACUGUGCCAUAACUCGAUUUUCUCUUUCUGUCUCAUCUUGGUGCUCCGUGAGUCGUUGAUCAAUUACUAGGAAGGGACAAGCCCACUUGACAAAAAAAGUAUGGGUAUGCCAAAACCUGGUGCGCUCUGAAGAAAGCUUUUAAAUAGCAGCCGCAAUAGCGGUAGCGUCUCAGGUUGCGCCAGAAAAGUGUGUUUUUUUUUAACUCAGUACAACCGAAUCGCUCCUAUACAUGAGCAUACUCUCAUUUCUAUGAGCACCACAGAGAGACUAAGCUGUCAUAGCAUCUUGAGAUUUUAAGAAGUCACCACUAAGUGUCUCACGGUCAACAGAAACAUCUCCUCCCAGAACGUACAUCUUGAGCAUCUUGUUAUCUGUCCUUUAUCUCUCUUGAGUUCUGGAUGUUGGCGCUUGUGCCCAUCCCGAAUAUGAUAACAUACUGUUGUGACUUGUGUUGGUCUCAUCUAUAAAAGGUGGGGCCUGGGCGGUGCCCUAUUUUUUUUUUAAAAA